AUGGGGGAGCGGGGGGUGCCGUGCACGUUGCGUCAUCGCGGAACAUACCGCGAAUCGCGUGAAUUCGACGGCGACCGCGGCGGCGGCGGCGGCGGCGGCGGCGGCGGUGGUGGAGGUUGGGGAGGGGAGGGGGCGGCACAGGAGGACGCCGGCGGCGCGGCGUCUCCACUUCGCGUCAGUGGCCCAGCGGCGAGCGGCGACGGCGGAGUCUCCCAGCGCAGAAGCCGCACAGCGCAAACGCGAAAGGUCUCCGAGGAGCGGCAGCGGAGCGACGCCCGACUCGCGAGACGUCAAGGUGGAGCUUUGCGCUCCGAUGUACGAGGUCUCCCAGCUGGACGUUCGUCAGUGCCGGAGGAGAGAGUUGUCCUCGUCGGCAUGGGCGCGCUUUGGGCGAGUAAAAUACCUCCUGGAGUCGAAGAGCGUUUCACCCGCACCUGGCGAGGGCGCCGCCGCCUGCCCCGCGGCGCGGCGCGCGAGAUAAGGCGCCUGUCGGCGCGUGACAGCGCGGCGCCGCGUGACGGCGGCUCGGGUUCCCACGCGGCGCGCACGCCUUCCCCGCGACGCCGCGACGCCGACGCCGCGCCCCAAGGCCCGCGCCUGCCGACGCGGCUCACGGACGCACGCCUAGGGGAGGACGGGUUGCAAGCGUUGCAAGGGGUUGGCACGCGAAGACAGCGGGCCCCCAUCCGCUAA